UCGGUCCUCCGGAGACAGAGAGGCCGGAAGUUCUCGUCACAGAGCCGGACAGCUGCGGGGCCGCUGAGCUGAGGCGGCGCGAACAGUGUUCGGGCGCGGUUUCGUGUGGUAGUCGCGGCUGCAGCUUGGCGUGAGGGACUCCGGGGUUCUAGGCGGGACAAUGGCGUCUCGGGCAGGCCCGCGAGCGGCCGGCACCGAUGGCAGCGAUUUUCAGCACCGGGAGCGCGUCGCCAUGCACUACCAGAUGAGUGUGACCCUCAAGUAUGAAAUCAAGAAGCUGAUCUACGUGCAUCUGGUCUUAUGGCUGUUGCUGGUUGCCAAGAUGAGUGUGGGACACCUGAGACUCAUGUCACAUGAUCAGGUGGCCAUGCCCUAUCAGUGGGAGUACCCAUAUUUACUGAGUAUUGUGCCCUCACUCUUGGGCCUUCUCUCCUUCCCCCGCAACAACAUUAGCUACCUGGUGCUCUCCAUGAUCAGCAUGGGGCUAUUUUCUAUCGCUCCCCUCAUUUAUGGCAGCAUGGAGAUGUUUCCUGCUGCACAGCAGCUCUACCGUCAUGGCAAGGCCUACCGCUUCCUCUUUGGUUUUUCUGCUGUCUCUGUCAUGUACCUGGUGUUGGUACUGGCAGUCCAAGUCCAUGCUUGGCAGUUAUACUACAGCAAGAAGCUCCUAGACUCUUGGUUCACCAGCACACAGGAGAAGAAACGUAAAUGAAACCUGCCUGAUAGACUACUCUGGGGUGAAGCCUGGGCCUCUCAGUGAAUGGUGUAAGAGAGGCAGAAGAACUGUUCUAAAGUCUCCACUGAUGAUUUGGCAGCUGUGAUGUUGGCACCUAGAGCAGACUGUGCCCAAGUUCUGGAAAACCCCUCCUGUUGCCAUCCACUGAGAGGGUGUUUAAUUUAUUCCUGGAUGUCUAGAACUCGUAACCAGCAGCUAUGAAACAAACUUCAGCUGGUUGAAGUUGAAGCCCUUCAGUGUUUGUUUUUGUUCGUUUUUUUCUUUUUUUAAAGACUGAGCCUCAUCCUUGCCUCCUCUGUCUUUUGACUUCUGUCCAUCACCUUUUAGAGAUCAAUACUGAAGGAGAUAGGGAAUAAAUCAAAUUCUACUUUAAUGUAUAGGUCUUAGGGCAGGAAACAUUUGGGAAGCCACUCCCCUUGCUGGCUUUGGUCUCUACUGCAAAGCAUUUUAAUGAAAAAGAACCUCAAUAAAGUCAAGACUGCCCUGUCCACCUGUA